AAGAAAAAGACGACGAAGAAGAGAAAUCCAAUAAAAUUCACCCUCAUUUCAUUGCUGUGUUUUAUCUGUCAGCUAAAAAGAAAACAAUCCUAGCUGGAAGUAUAGAAGUGUAUGUGACCUUUAAACAGUAAAAUGUCUAGCCGGGCUCUGCGAAGACUCAGAGGGAAACAGCGGGGUCAGGAGGCCUUGGACCUCGGGGAUUUAGGAAGUUUGGAUGACAGUCCGGAGGAGCAGGCUGACGGUGAGGCUGAAGAGGAGCAGCUGGACACGGCUAAUGUUUCUCCCCCGUCUAACAGCAAAGGCAGCCACCCCAAGGGAAAGAAAAACAAGCCUCAGAAAAACUUGGGUAACAUUUAUGAACUGAUAUGUGAGGCAGACAAUGAGGUGGAGAAAGUUUCACCUGAUGAAGAGUCAGAGAAACCAGACAAAAAUAAAGCAAGCGGUAUGGUGAAGAACAAUAACAGAGAGGCUAAGAAAGAUACAAUGGAUGAGGAAGUGUCCACCAAGUCUGGAGACAGAGUUAAAAAGAAGAAGAAAAAGAAGAAGACAAAAGUGACACAAGAAAAUGGACAAGAUGCUGUGGCAGAUAACAUCGAUUUACUACUGGAAGACUUGGAGCAAUCCAAUAGUCUGAGUCUACAAAGUGAGGAUUGUGGAGGCUGUGACAGAAGAACUGUGCUGCAUGUAGAGCACAGAAAUCUCAACCCAGAGACGGAGUUGAAGAGAUAUUUCGGGGCUCGAGCUGUUCUAGGGGAUCAAAGACCUCGGCAGAGAAACAGACAAUUUCACCGCAGCACUUGGAUGACUAGUCCAAAGGACAGUUGGCCUCGCUUCAGCCGCCCAGGAAUCUCAAUGAGCUUACUGGAGUCAAAGGAUGGCAUUCAGUACUUUACCUUUGAGCACAGUCGAGACUACCAGCAAGUACAGUUCAAGUUCCUGGAUGCUGUUGAAUCCAUGGAUCCCAACAACAUUGUGGCCCUGCUUCAACUCAACCCAUACCACAUCGAUUCCCUCCUGCAGCUUUCUGAUGUCUGCCGAAUACAGGAGGAUCAGGAGAUGGCCAGGGACCUCAUUGAAAGGGCCUUGUACAGCUUUGAGUGUGCUUUUCAUCCUUUAUUCAGCCUGACAUCGGGUACCUGUAGGCUGGAUUAUCUCAGACCAGAAAACAGAGCAUUUUAUCUGGCUCUUUAUAAGCACAUGAUGUUUCUGGAGAAGAGAGGAUGCCCACGGACUGCUUUGGAGUACUGCAAACUCAUCCUGAGUUUGGACCCAGAUUCCGACCCACUUUGCAUGCUCCUGCUCAUUGACUUUCUGACCCUGCGUUCAAGAGAAUACAAGUCUCUCCUUCAGUUAUAUCAAGACUGGGAGGAGCACAGAAAUCUGUCUCAGUUGCCAAACUUCGCAUUCUCCACGGCACUUUGCCGUUUCCAUAUUAGUCAGCAAGAAGAUGUGGAUCCUGACGAAAGUCACAAACAAAGACAAGAAGCUAACCAAAUGCUCCAGAAUGCUCUUAUUAUGUUCCCUGGAAUGUUGAUACCUUUACUGGAUCUGUGCACUGUGCAGGCAGAUGCUGCAGUCACCUCCCAUAGCUUCUUUGGUCCAAAGAGUCAAAUAGGGCAGCCACCAGCUCUGGCUGAGCUGACAGCUCUGUAUGUGGGGAGAACAUACAAUCUGUGGAGAGAGGCAGCUGUCAUGCUUUGGCUGGAAGAGUCUGUGAAGGAGGUGCUGCUUCGAGUUGAUGCCAAAGACCCUCUUGUGGAGGACAGCCAAAACAAAAGAAAACAGAGGUACCAGAGUGCACCAAAGAACAUCCAUCGCCACGUACUCCUCUCUGAGAUCAAAGAAGCCACUGCAAGUCUGCCUCUAGAGGUAACCACUCAGCCUGUCAUGGGUUUUGACCCUCUGCCUCCACUGGACUCAGUGAUAUCAUAUACACGACCAGAGCGGCAGCGUGUAGGAGCAUCUAAUGAAAGUACAUUAUCUCUGUUUUUCCGGUCUCUGCUGCCAAACUUCAAUAUGCAGGGUGGACCGAGGCUGGAGGAUGACAUGGAGGUGGCUCGAGCUGGCCAGGAGCUGAACCAGGAAGUAAAUCGUCUGAUGGUGGCGAUGAGGGACAUGCUGGCAAACAUCCGGUUUCAGGAGCCACCAAGAGAGGACAACCCCUAUAGAGAUGAGGAUGAAUGGGACUGAGAAAGGAGAGGAGGAUCAGAUGUUGGACAGGACUUGACAUACAAAAUAAACUUUAAAAAAAAAAGCAAACAUAUACUAAUUCUCCAUAAUUUAAAGAUAUGGAAUAGGACAACUAAAAAAUGCCUCUUUUUUCUUCUUUAACAGUCAAAAUAUCAGAUUGCUGUACUCUACUUAUGCUUUGGGGUGAUCCAGGUGGUUCUGAACAUUGAGGGCUUUCUGACAGUAUCAGAAAACAGAUUAAACCUAUUGUGUCACAAA